UGAGCAGGGUGAAGUGGGGAGGGGGCUGGGGCCGCUGCGGUGGCCGCUCCCCAGAAGAUGGGGACAGGCACAGAGUCCUCAAGCAGCAUCGUGUCCUUGAGGCUGUCCUGGAUGCACCCUGCAAAGGCUGCAUGGGGCUGGGGAGCGAGGCUAGACCCGAGGAGAUGUCCCACACCUGCCACAAGGGUCCUGCAUGGGGACACAUCCCAGCCAAGUGAGGAGGACAUGGGACACGUGCCAGGACCCGUCACAAGGGACAUGCCCGUUGCUGUUAAUCAGUGGCACUUGGAGGCCAUGCAGCACGUCCCCCUGUCACCAUGGCUGGGACAGCCUGAAGGCUGGGGAUGCCGGGAGUGAGGCGGGAGGACCUGUGGCACAAGGGUUGGGCUCAAGCACCCCAAUGCCCACAGGUUCCUGGUACGAUGCCUGUGGAUGCAGCUCAGGGAUGCUCCUGUACAGGCUGUGUACAGGGAUGCGAUGGCAGAUGUGGCCGUGGCGGGGGGCUCAGUCUGGCGCAGCCUCCAGCCCCUUCCUGCCUCCCCCCUCCUUCCUCCCAGAGCUCAGCGCAGAACGAGAGCGAGGGGCGUAAAUAUAGAGCAGCAGCAACCGCGGGGCCCGGCCCCGGCCGCGGCGGGAAGAGGCUGCGCGCAGCUCCGCAUCGCCGCCAGCACCAAGCAUCCCAAAAUAGGCAGCGCGGCCGGGGCUGGGACCGCAGCAGGAGGGGCCCUCGGUGCACACAGCCCUCUCCAUCCCUCUGCGCGGGGCUGCGGCCGCUCCCCAGGACCCCCAUUCUGGGACUCACCCACCGCAUCGCCCUCCUCGCUGGAGCCCGGCGGCUCUCCUCGCUCCGCUCCGCUCCUUCCGCUCCAUCGUUCAUCGCAGCGCCCAUCUCCAUCCGGGAGGAAGAGGGCCGGGAGGACGGGCUCUGCCCCGCUGCCGCAGCACCUCUUCCCCGAUCCCACCUCGCCGUCAUGCUUUUUUCCUCUUGUUUCUUCUCUUGCAGGUUUCACAUGGGGAACCUUCUUAAAGUGUUGACUUAUAACGAACUUGAACAAGGCCCUAAUUUUUUCCUUGACUUUGAAAAUGCGCAGCCGACAGAGGCUGAGACUGCGGUGUGGAACCAGGUGAACGCCGUGCUGGAGGAGUCGCAGGGCGUGCUGGCUGAGCUGCAGUCCUACACGGGUGCUGGGCAGGAGAUUCGAGAGGCCAUCCAGAACCCUGGGGACCUGCAGCUGCAGGAGAGGGCAUGGAGCGCCGUGUGCCCCCUCGUUGCCAAGCUGAAGCGUUUCUAUGAGUUCUCUCUGCGGCUCGAGAACGCUCUGCGCAGCCUUCUGGAGGCCCUCACCUGCCCCCCGUACCCCCCCACGCAGCACCUGGAGCGGGAGCAGGCCUUGGCCAAGCAGUUUGCUGAGAUUCUGCACUUCACCCUCAGCUUUGAUGAGCUCAAGAUGACCAACCCCGCCAUCCAGAAUGACUUCAGCUACUACCGACGGACCAUCAGCCGAAACCGCAUCAACAACCUCCAGCUGGAUGCAGAGAGCGAGGUGAACAAUGAGAUGGCCAACAGGAUGUCCCUCUUCUAUGCCGAGGCCACCCCUAUGCUCAAAACACUCAGCAAUGCCACCACCAAAUUUGUCUCAGAGAACAAGACGCUCCCAAUUGAGGACACGACCGACUGCCUGAGCACCAUGGCCUGCGUCUGCAGGGUGAUGCUGGAGACCCCGGAGUACCGCAGUCGUUUCACCAACACCGAGACGCUGCUGUUCUGCAUGCGGGUGAUGGUCGGGGUCAUCAUCCUCUAUGACCACGUCCACCCUGUGGGGGCCUUUGCCAAGACCUCCAAGAUCGACAUGAAGGGGUGCAUCAAAGUCCUCAAGGACCAACCCUCCACCAGCACCGAGGGGCUCCUGAAUGCGCUGAGGUACACCACCCGGCACCUGAAUGAUGACACCACGUCCAAACAGAUCCGGGCACUGCUGCAGUGAGCGCAGCUCUGCAUCCCAGCGCACAUCACUGUGUCACCCACACCAUGCCCAUGCCACUCAUUUUGUACGGAGGGAAAAGGGACAACAGAGAUUACACAGAAAUAAAUCAGAACGGCCCCAAAAAGCCGCCCUGCCGUGUUCCUGUGCACCCCCCCUCCCAGAACAGCUCCUGGAUGCGCUCCCACCGCCCUGAGAGCAGCGCCCAGGGAUGUGGGGUGCGGGUGGCACCGCGGGGACAUUGGGUCGGGCAGGAUGGGGCUGGGGAUACCGGGGGUACAGGCAUCGCCCCCGGCCUCACACGUGCAGGGGAGAGGAAGAGGAAGGAGCAUCGCUGUGCUGACUGCAGGAAUCGGCUCGGCCCCACCCGGUGGAUUUUUAAUA